AUGAGAAAGACAGUAUUUAUCUUCAUAUCGUGCAUUCUGUGUUUCAAGCUAGUUAACUCCUCUGGCUUAAACAACUUGAAUAGUGAAUCAUCUUUGGAGAUUAUCGAAAUUCAAUCGAGAAGUCUAGAGUCAGAAGAAAACGAAAUUGAAAAUAAUCCAUCAAUUGGAUAUGAUUUGGAAAUUUUAAAUCCACUGCUGAAUCUUCCAACCCCUACAAUUUCAUAUGUCAAUUCAUCUUCCACCACAUCCUCAUCACCUGUGAUUUCUGCAACGUCUUCAUUACCAAUUACCACUAGUGAAACAAUUCAAGUUGGCUAUCCUUAUAUUCCAGGAAUUUACUAUGGAGAUACACCUCUAGUUACAGAGUUAUUGCUCAAUCACACAUUUGAAAAUAGUUAUGGUGUUCCAUUUACUUUCACCUACAAGCCACCAGCUGGAUUAGAAUUUAAUCGAGUAAUUCUAACUUUAAAUAAUCUGAUUACAAAUUAUCAAUACGAUAGAUUGGCUCAUUUAAGCUUCAAUGGUGCGGAAAUCUGGAGGUCUUCUACAAUAGAACCUUACGGCAGUAAAACGGUUGUCAAAUCUUCUUAUAAUAAAGAUGUUUCAAUUUAUUUGAAGCUUUUCCAAGAAGAAUCUUUUGUGAGGUUUGAUCUUGGGAAUAUAAUAUCAUCCAGGUUGCAGGGAGCUCCAAAUAUUCAAGUAUAUAUCAGUUAUUACAAUGUUGAUUUGGAAGAUGCAAAUGACAUUCCAAUAAAUGUUGGAGGAGAUCUGAUCGAUAUAGCUGGUCGACCAAGUAUUUUCUCAACUGCAAAGCAUGCAUCAAGAGUGUAUCCAUUAACAAAUAUAACAAGUGAUUCAGAGUCUGAUGUUCCUCUUCCCGAAAAUUCAAUUCAUGUUAAAUUGCCAACGGAUAUUCCUCGCAAUACUACUAGAUUAAUUCUUUCCAUUUUUGCUUCUGGGAAUUCUAACGAAGAAUUUUGGUAUUCAAAUACAUUUCAGGAAUACACAAACAUAUUUCAAGAUGACGGGGUUAAAUUAUAUGGAUAUGGGCCUGGGAGGUUAGUCGAGGUCUAUUACAACUCCCAAAAAGUUGCCACACAGUCUCCACAACCAUUUAUCUUCACUGGGGGGUUCUCACCUGAUCUUUGGAUUCCAAUAGUAGCAAAUGAUGCAUUUGAUCUACCAAGUAUAGAUAUAGAUUUAACCGCGUUAUUACCAGAAGUCUGGGGUGACAGUGGUUACAUCGAUAUUUUGGUUACCAACGGCACUUCUGAGAGUUCUUCAUCAAUUGGAUCAAAUUGGUUGGUCUCAGCCAACCUUCUAACAUUUGAGGAUGAAAGUGUAUAUUUUGGAAACGGAUCUGUACUUGCAAUCACCAAUACCAGCGUUGUUGAUACGAGAGCAGAAGCAGCAACCCCGGGAGCAUUGGAUCAAUCAUUUUUUGGAGUAUAUCAAGCUUCUAUCAGUAGUGAGAUUACAUUUGAAUUAAAAAAUGGCUCAAUAAUUCAAAGCAUUAUCCAGCUGGAUACAUAUGCAUCUAUAUCGAAUAUUCAAGCUUUGAGGAAUUACUCUUCAACUCAAAGUAUCGACCAUUUGGGGAAUUCUCUGCGAAGUGUAAUUAUUACUACAUUUGAUGAUGUUGUUCUAUUCGAACACAACUCAACUUACGGAUACCCAUUACAGAUCUCAUAUUCAAGCUUUAACGACUCCAAUUCAAAUGGAUGGUCGGCCAUAUCUAAUGUGAAUGUAAAUAUAACUAAACUCAUCGGAAUAUUCAUUGAUGGAUCUCUUGCUUAUGAUAGUCAGCUUUUGGAAGUUUCAAGUUCAUUAUUCGAGCAAACAGCGAAGGAAGGAAACCACGGGAAUGGAAGCUCCACCGCUCACUACUCAGUUCAACAAUAUGAUCCAUUUACCCCAUUUUCAUACAAUAGAAAUGUUCAAUCUACAGAUAACAAAUUGACAGGCGACACAAGUAAUGGAGGACUCAAUUAG